GGGGUGCUUUAUAUUCAUCUGUUACUUGUCGCCUGCCUCUUAUGAAUCAGGAUCCCUGGCUGAGAUGGUACUUUACGAAGUUGCGAUGUCCCCUGAGGACCUGAGCGCCAAGCGAUCAAAGAAGCACCGUAUGGGCUGGGCAGCCGGAGUCGGAUGUCGCCGGGCGGCAGGUCACUGCCACAUAGACCUCCUCUGGCUUGGCACGACACCUUUUAAAUGCAGGAUCACGGUCGCCUGUCCCAUUUUCCCAACCGGCUUCUUCCCGUGCCUCCUGCACACCCCCACCCGCAUCCCCAUUAUAUGCCCGACGCCUCUUCACCCCCCUCCCCACCGCUCUCCGCCUCAAAGGCCGCCGACGAGACGGAGCUCUCGCAGAAGUGCCAGUGGCAGGACUGCACCCAGUCCUUCGCCGACCCCGAAUCGCUCUACAACCACCUAUGCAACGAUCACAUUGGCCGCAAGAGCACAAAUAACCUCUGUUUGACUUGCAAGUGGAAGGAUUGCGGGACCUCCUGCGCCAAGCGCGACCACAUCACCAGUCAUCUUCGGGUCCAUACGCCGCUCAAGCCUCACGUCUGCGAGAUCUGCAAAAAGUCUUUCAAGCGGCCGCAAGAUCUGAAGAAACACGAGAAGAUCCAUACUGAGGAACAUCACGCUCAGCACAAGCACUCGAAGGCCAUCACUGUUGCCGAUCCUGCUUACUCUUCCCGCGUCCGCGGUGAAACUGCCGAUGCGGGUCGGACCAUAGGCAAGCCGGCUUCUGGUAAAGGCAACAUCCCACCUCGUGCACCGUCUCAUUCGUCGACUGCAUCGGAUGGCUCGUAUCCUAACUUCCCCCCGACGCCAUCGCCUGGUUACUCUCCGCCGCCGAGCGAUGAAUUUUCCGCGCAGUGGGAGAGCGUGAGCGCUGGCUCGAAGCGAUCGCACGACUAUUCGGUUGGGGACUUCUUCACAGAUGUGAAGAAACGGAGGCUGAGCCCGGCAUACGAUCAUCGAAUGGCCGAACGCCUGAACCACAUGUCGUAUGCUGGACACGGUGCUGGACCCGGCUUCAAUCCCCGUUCUGUGUCCGUCGACAUCCGCACUCCGGAGGAACUUGCGGCUGUCAAUGACUUUUUGAUCGCGCUAGGACGAGAUGCUGCGGAUUCGCGAAGUGGGUUUAGCUUCCCUGGUGCGGACGCCUAUUUCGACAGCAUGAAUCUGAGCCAGCUGGGCCUAGCCGGCAUGCCCGGUAUUCCGCCGGCGACAGCAGCUCACGAUGCGUACCCGCACUCCCAUUCGCAGCCGCCUUCGCAUCACUACCACGCCAACAUGCACCCGUCCGCGCGGUCUGGAUACACGGGACAUCAUCAUCCGCAAUAUCCGAAUGCGGUCUAUCCCAAUAUGGACGACCACAUGUAUGUCCACAGACCAAGCGCCCCAGCGAGCAAGUAUGCGGCAUAUCACGGCUAUGACCACACCCACAGCCCGCCGCAUGAUUCGGGAUCUCCCCACUCACAUGCCUCGUCGACGCCGCCGAACAUGCCGCUCUCGCCGCCGGACAUGAGCGCCGCUGCCUACAAUUACAUUCGCGCAUCGCGUGGUCCGGCUGCGGUGCCUCAGCUGUCGCCCGCCGAGUACAGCGACAAGUCUCUCCAGCGGAUCAUCUUGCUGAAGAACUCGGACCGAGCCUCAGCGCGGAUAUCGACACUGCUGACUUCGGGCGACGAGCAGUACAAGCUUGCGCCGCUGAAGCGACCCCGUUCGCCGUCGCCGGCCUCGACAUCGCGGUCGAACACGCCCGUCGAGUCGCUCCCCGCCAGUCCCGAGUCCCGCAGCACGGUGCUGCCGCCGCUGCGCUCGAUUGCGCUGAGCGGGUCGUUGUACGGCUCUGAUGCGGCUGAAGUUGCGCACGAAAUGUCCCGGAUACGGCUGGAGCGCAGGAGAGACCCGCAGGACGACAUCAAGCCCAAGGCGGAGGACGACCGGCACCGCCACGUCGAGCUGAUCCGCGACCUGCUUGUGUCGAUCAACACCGAGUACAAGGAGUUGCACGGGAUGCCGCGCGACAUCGAGAUGGUUGCAGCGUAA